GUUUACGGGGUUUAGGGAGAACCACGUAAACACUGUAACUACACCAUUGACCACUGACUAUGAGACGUUUCUGCCGGGAAUUCCUUAACUCUUAAUGGUGGCAGAUGGUUAAGCUUCGAGAAAGAUGUUACGUAUAGAGUCGUACAUCACACCAAUCAUCCUGAGCUAUGUGGAUAAAUACAUCAAAAAUCUCAAACCAGAGGAUUCUCAGGUGUCGUUAUGGGGAGGGGACGCUGUAUUUAACAACUUAGAUUUGCGUCUGGAUGUGCUCGAGCAGGAGCUGCGUCUUCCCUUUUCUUUUGUCAAUGGUCACAUACACGAGUUGAGGAUUCAUGUACCAUGGACCAAGCUAACAUCAGAACCAAUUGUUAUCACCAUUAACACCAUUGAAUGUAUCUUAAAACUAAAGGGAGGGGAAGGUGCCAGCUCAGAGUCAUCCAGUCAGAGUGGGUCAGGACCAAAGUCUGCUGAUGUGAGACGUAAGCAAAGAAGGCAAGACCUUGAAGUUCCAACUAGUUAUGUCCAGGGCCUCAUCAACAGAAUAAUCAACAAUGUUUGUAUAGUUUGCAACAAUGUAAUCUUGAAGUACGUAGAGGAUGAUAUUGUCUUGUCCAUCAACGUGAAGACUCUUGAGUUUCGUUCUGUCGAUGGUAACUGGACUCCAGCUUUUAUAGAUUUGACAGCAGAGGACCUCAUACUGCGCAACCUGGCAACACUCACAGAUUUAACCGUUUGCUUGGAUAAGAGAAAUGCUUCGGGAAAGAUUGAAAAUUACCAGGAACCGCUAAUGUACCGGUGCUCGUUGUCAUGCAGGGUGGUUCGUCAGUUCGAGACAGUCAACUCUAUCCAACCAUUGUGUACGCGCUACGAUGUGUUCUGCCCACAGCUACACUUCAGUCUUUCAGAUAUGCAGUUGCCCAUGUUUCUGAGGCUUCUGCAGCUUGCUCUGGCACUUUACUAUGGAGAGCUUGGGUCACCUACAGAUAUGGAACAGCCUGUCGGGAUGCCAGCGGGGAAAGAUGGCGAUGGUGGCCUUACAGAAGAUUUUUCUAUUGAGGAAGGAUCGUGGUCAUCUUGGGCGUGGUCACUAGGGUCGGCUCUCCUUCCUGUGUACUGGGAGGAUGAAGAGAAUGCCGUGUCUGCCCAUAGGUAUAGGCUGAACAAGACGCUGCACAUGGGUCUCUAUGUUGAAACUGCCACUUGGACUUUCAAGUUAACAGAAUCUGUGCAAGACAGUGGAUAUUUUGGACCAACAAAGAUGCGCUUCACUCCAUUCAUGAGAGUAGAACACCAGGGGAGUUUCAUGACUGUGGUUGUUCGAGGCCUAGAAGCUGUCAAUGUGCAACUUGGAAUAUCUUCCCUUACUGUUGAUCCAGUUGGGAACUGUAUUUGUGGUAUUGCAGAUAUACAGGAGGGUAAUGUGUCAGAUAGUCAAGAUCAGCCUGUGGCAGCCAAAGGAGUCAUAUCAUUCCUUAACAUUGGACAGGAGGGCCAAGAUUACCUUUCCCAGUCUCUGUUUGAUCCUCAGGUGCUAAUGGAAGCUCAGGAGUUUUGGGACUAUUCUUACUCCUGGGAUAAACAUAUUAAGGACACUACAGAGGCCAACAUGUUAGCCAGAACAGGAGCAGUGGCUAUGGACUACUUCUACUACAUGGAACUUCCAACAGAUGUGAGCAGUGAAAAACUUUCUGAAAUCAGCACGGAUUUAGAAUUCAGUAACAUGAGUGAACGUGCAAUGUGUCGCAUAGCAUUUGGGGCGUCUGAAGUCAACCUGUCCUCUGGUUUCUAUCAUCGACUUGAAGCUGUGAUACACGCCCUCAACCAGCAUGAUUAUCCACCAUACUCUACUCCAUCUAACCAUGAACCCCCAACAAACCUAGUGGGUCCUACUGAGGAUGAGGUGGCUUCCCUGGAGGCCAACACUCCCAUUCGCUCCUACAUUGUGACAGUGAUGGAGCCCACGGUAGUCGUGCACGCUGCCCAGCACAUGCACAUUAACAUGAAAACCGUCUUCAGUGCUAAGCGUAGAAAGAAAAAUCAGAAAGCAAGUGCUGAAUUAUGUAUGGCUCGUGUCCUGCCAGUUCCUAGUGUGCGGGUGAAGCUUUCCCGUCUAGAUGUGGAGUGGACCAAGCCCAUGUACCCUAAAAGACUCGUAUCUUCAGCAUGUAUGCUGCGACCGCCUUCUCCAACUAUGCUGCACAACUGCCAUUCUCAUUUAACUUUCACUGCCCACAAUUUGUGCCUCGGUCUACAGUAUCUGAACAACAUGGUGCCACUUAUACAGGGCUUCUCGCCUUCCCUCUACUGUAAGAGUCUCCUGUUGCCUCUGUAUUGGGCAUCACCACAUCAACCCAGGGACGAGUACUUCUUCCAAGCUGAUUCUGUGAAUGCAGAAACAAGUGCCCCACAACUACUGCUCUUGUACUGGUUGGUCACCUCUUGGUUUGAUCCUUGUCCUCAGCCUGAGCUGCUCCACCAGGACUCCCUUAUUGAUGAUGCUCUCUCUGCCAGGAGAUUACCAGUACUGGCAGUGAAGGUCCACCAUGUGGAAGCCAAAUCUUGUGAUACACCAUCCCUUCGAGGCAGCAUGGCAACUGUUGGGGGCAUAACAGUUAGCUUACGGAAGCCUCAAGGUGACCUCCUGUGUCUCCUCCUUUCUGGCCCGGAGGACAAAACAGGUUUAGAGGUCCUGAUUCCUGAGACAUUGUCAGUGUCUGAUAAGUUGAUCAAGGCUGCUCUUCAGUUCCCAAAGGAUGACUGUGAUGAAAGUGUGCCCAGCAUCCUCACUAUAGGCAUGAAGAAAGUGGCAGUAUUGUUUGAUCCUCAGCUCAUUCAGUGGCUCAAGUACUCCCCAAGAAGAAUUAAUUCUGAAACUCUUACUGAAAUGGUGUUCUUGAAAAAGAUAUCUGAAGUUCGUGGAAUAGUCAACCCCCAAAGAAAACCUUCAGAAAGUGAAUCUGAAGCGACAAAGGUCGAAUCGUCAACUGCCACACUGUCCGAGGCCAAGACGGGAAGUCGAAGUAAGCUUUAUUCAACUCAGGAACCUCCGGUAGAAAAUUCUAAAACCUGGAAAGAAAAUUUUGUAGCUUGGUAUCCGAUUCUCAGUAGACUGCUGAUCCACGUUGACCUAGACACAGCCACCAUCUUUCUGUCUUCGUCACAACUGAAUAUUGCUUCAGAAUCGGGGCUGGUGAAUGCUGUCCACCGCACAUAUUUAACAAGAAGUGAGAGAGCGACCCUGGGUGACACUCUCGUCCUGUGCCUUCCUCAUCUUGUACUGCACAAUGCUGCACAGAAACAGAGUCUAUUGCACAAUGUUCAUGAUGUUCCUGUCAUCUUGCCUGGGGAAAUUUGGGCUACAGAGCGCGACAAAUUGCCGUGGUCUCUGAAUUUGGGGAGUUUCAGCAUAUACAGUCUGCAGGGGACGGGACAACACGUUAAGCUGCCGGUACUCAAGCCUGUCAACACCACCGCUACUCUGGCCAUCACCACCAAGUACCAGGGUCCCUCUCUCAACCAAUUGGGCCUGGUGAUACACACGGACAUGUCGCCUCUAGAUUUUUGUGGUAGCCGUUGUCAAGUUGUUGGCCAUGUGACCAUUGUGGAAAAUAUACUUGGGCUGUUAUCACAUUUUAUAAAGAUGCCAUCUGAAUCUCCACGGUCAAUGUCUUCCACGCCAGCACCACAACAACCAAUAUUAGAAGCUUCUUCGCAGCCCACCACACAACCACCUCCUCAUCAACACACGCCACCGCCUCCUCAAUCAAAUCCACAUCAGACGAUGCCUCCCAAGCCAUUACAUCACAGUGGCUCGGACCCUAAUACUCUGCUGGUGACUGAGGGGGAGGAUGUGGAGGAAGAGAGAGUUCAGGUUGUGAGUGAAGCGGAGGCUCAGUGCUGCAGCGGGCCAAUAGUCACUGCCUGGGUUCAGUGGACUGUAGCACGAGUGUCGGCUUCUCUUUAUGCCAAAGAUGGAAAUGAGUUGAGAAAGUUGAGGGCAGAGAUGGAGGACCUGACGACUGCCCUUGACCUCCACCAAGUGUAUUCAAAAGUUAAACUAAAGGUUACUGCAAUCAGCAUAUUGCACUUUACUAAAAGAAACAAUGCUUGGGUAGCUGGAGAGCAUGAAGGUGUUGUCAUGACCUGUGGUGACCAGGUGACUCAUGAGCUCAAGGUCAUUAAUCCUCGCAGUGGGACCGUUGACCCGCACUAUCACUGUGAAAAGGUCAACAGCAGUCCAGCUGAACAACCCAAGGCACAUGGUUUUAUUUCACUUACAUUUACAACAGCAUUAUGCAAGAACAUCCAUUCUUGUUGGAACAAUCUUAUUAAGAAGCAUCUUAAUGAAGAGAGGUCUAUGCUAAUGGAUAAUGCAGCUGACCACUACUUGAGCGAAGUAGAUAUCCGCGUCCAGCCUUUUGACUGUGUGUGCUAUCCAGCAUCACUACAGAUUUUUGCCACAGUGUAUGAACCUUGGUUACAGCUGCAGGUUCCUAAACAACUGUUGAACACCGGCAGAAUUGUUUCUAAAGAACCGAUAGGGAUGGGCAUCAACAAUCACACACUCCCUCUGGUGUACCUCCACACUGAAAAUAUCCGUCUCCUCUUUCCUGCGAGAGACACCACCAGUGAAGACACCUCAGUCCACAACAUGUUCUUAGUACAACUAGACUCAAUAGUAAUUACGCCACAGGUGGAUAAUCCUCUCUCUCGCAUCAUGAUCCGACCAGACAUCUUCCACAUGGCAGAGCGUGCGAGGAUUUUAGGUGUUCCCGGCUCAGAAGUUGAGGACCGGCAGUAUCAGAUUGAUCUACUGGGCUUCAGUGCUAGUACAGGAUCCUGGUAUGAUUUAGUUGGAGUGAAGGGAGGACGUCCUCGUAGCUCUUCCGGUGAACGACUGCGUGCGAUGGGAGAGAACCCAGCCCUAGAGUGGAACAACUAUGACCCCACUCAAGACAAUAAGAAUACUGAUAUUGUCCUUCAUCCGUUUCUGGCCAGAUUUGACAGUCGAGUGAUAGCAGCCCCGGCGAUUGUUUACUGUGGUAGUGUGGACGAGGAUGGAGUACCCCGUAACACCUUAGUGGCCGGACACUCUCUGGAGAUCAACGCCACUUCAGACAUUGACCUUCAUGUUAGUCUGCCUCAGAUAACUCUACUUAAAGAUAUUGUUGAGGACACUACCAGACUAAUUACUCAGAUGCUUUCAAGUGGACGCCAGGGAAGAACUGCUCACACACCAUUAGAUAUACCAGACAGUGGGGUGGAUUGUGAUAUUUCCUCGGUGGAACUAUCAAAGGGCAUGACGAGCCAGAGGACUACGGGGAGCAACAACGCCUGGUCAUUUGUGCCACUAGAACUGCUGGUCACUGGAGGCAAGAUCACUGCCAGCAUCUUCGACCGAGGGAUCUUAGAAGACGGCCAGAAGUUCAGUGUCAAGGGAUGGCAGCGUAGUAAACUAGAACAGCGGGCUAAGAAGAGGGAACGUGAGCUAGUGGCUGAGGCUGCAUCAACGGAAUCUGAACCAUCACCGAAGAGACUGUCUCAUCACCGCCAGAGACCUUCAGCCAGAGAUGCUGACUCAAACUCUCACUCAGAGAAGGAGGUCGAGGAUGGAUAUGAAGGAUCAGAGGAAGGCUCAGUGUGUGAAGGUGGAGGUGUGAAUCUAAGGCAGCCGAGGAUUUCACCAUUAUUGUUUGUUGUGGUGUCUCAGCCCCAUGCGUUCCUGUCCUGCCAACCACUCAAACAAAAACUGGACAUUUCCUGUUUCAAUUUUAUCCUUCGUAGUGUUCUUAAGGGGUUCUCUGUCAAGGCAACUGAGGCAAAACAACUGCCCUGUCCAGAAGAUUAUACAACAUCUUGGUUGGAAACAAAACCUGGUGAUCCGCACCCCAAGACUGGUAUCCCUCCAGCUUUACUGGUGAUCUCAGCCUCAGAUUUCCUUCACAGACCAGCUCGAAUAAAUGUAGAAGUUGGAAGGCCUGUUCGCCUGUAUUUGAGUGAGAGCCGCUGGCAGCAAGUAAUUCACGUUAUGAGUUGUUUGUCAAAAGUUUUGCCCUCCAUGACACAUGUGUCAGAAAGAGACGGAACCAAAGACGAUGUUGAUAAGGAGAGCAACACUAAGGAAGUUUCCUCACCCGAGUUAUUGAGACAGACGUUGGCAAAUCUUGAUGGCAUAUCAUUUGUUACUAAUCAAGUUGUUAUUAACUGUGAAGUAUUAAAAGCCCAUAAAGCAAAAAGUGAAGUGCAUAGUAGUGUCUCGGGAAUAAAAUUUUGUGUGUCUACAUCACGAAAACGAUCAAAUCAGUUGCAAGAUGCAAGGUUGGAUAUUAUCUCAGAAAUUACUGCUACUGCAGACAUUUUUGAUCUCCAGUUAAAAACAAUUUAUCAUUCCCAAAAACUUCAGUCUUUCCUAAAACCUUGGACAGUGUCGGGGGAACUGAAGUUGUUGUGGCUACAGUGGAGUUUACAGCCAUAUUUAGAGAUUAAGGUUGAUACUGAGACCUUGACUGUGGAUGUUGGACCUGAACAUUUAUUUUGUUUUAUGGACAUGUACAACCACAUAUCUUCAUUUUUAUAUGAGUCAACAGAACAGGGUCCACCACCCAGCUCCUCCAGACCCAAAGAGAAGGAAGAACACCAUCAUGACAUCCUGUAUCAGGAUGAUUUACGUGCUGGAAUAUUUCAGUAUAUUAGUCUGGCUCUAGAAGACCCUAAGCCAUAUCAGGUUGUUUUUGAUAAAAUGGCAGGAACUAUGGUGUGGUGCUACCCAGAGCCAAGAACAUUAACCAGAGUUGACAUCUAUCCUGUCCCCUUCAUUGCUGCCUCAGAGUACAGCACAGUGACUGACUCUCAGGAUAAAGAUCAAGUCAUGUGUGCUCUUCAGUAUUUUGAUUCGCUACGGGAAACUUUCAUAACUUACCGUCAGUUCCAACUUUCCGAGUCAAAAUUCUGUCAACUUGAUCUACCAAGUUUUUAUGAAAAGCAACAUAUUGCUGUAUCCUCCAUGUGGAGAGUCUGCAUUGAUUUCUGUGAGGAUGAAAGCAGCUCAGGUGAUGGCAGGAUAGUUGUGUCUCCUGGAGCCUUGGCUGCUUGUAUGAGAGUUGACUCCAUGUUCUCGGUAGAUUUACUUCCCCGGACACAAGCAGUCGUGACCAUUGGCCAGGCACAAGUUACCUUGCUGAAUCAUCUAUCACUUACAGGGAAGAAACUGCCCAAAGAGUUGAAAUUCUUUACUUUAGACAAAUUAGCACCAGAAGAGCAACCAUUUCUUACCUUCACUUUAGAAAAUGCAUUUCUUCGCAACUACGUGUGGUCCUCUGCUAUGCACAUGCAGACUGGUGGGUCAGGGCGUCUGGAUGUUCUGAGUUAUAGUUUCUUGACCAGUAGUUGUCUACUUGAGCCAACUUUCUUAGAGGCAAGUUUAGUGAGACAAGAAGCUGAUGGGCCAGACAAGCCAAGUUGUGUUGACUGCAUCAUGACAGUGAAGCCAAUGUUUGUACAUGUUAAUCAAUCCAUCAUUCACACACUCAAUGUUGCCUAUGAGUGCUGGCAGCAAGUGUGUAAUACAGUGACAGAUAGUUCCUCUGGUCCUAAUUUAGCUCUUAUAAAAAAAUCACCUGUAAUAUUUAUGACAAAUUAUUUAAUAUGUAAUGACACAUUAGAAACUAUCAGAUUUGGACAAGUAGGCACUGAUGAGAAUGUACUGUUGGCAUCCCGAAGUAUACACUUAUACUGCUGGAGGAGUCACAAGCUUCCUCCUCAGCUGCAGGCAUGUGUGGAAGGUGGCAAGUGGAAAUGGUGUGACCCUUUCACACUAGAAGCUGAGGGCUCCCAGGUACACACGAUUCAUCACGAGAAUCGUCAUUUCCACUUUCUGGUGAUCAUCGAGACUCUCUCACCCACCCAGAAGCUCAUCACCUUUUCUGGCCUCCUUUCAAUUGCAAAUUGUCUCAGUGAAGAUUUAGAGUUUCGUGUUAUAGAGGCCAACAAAGAGAAGGAAUCUCCAAAGCAUUUAGCAACCCAUAUGUUGCGCAGCAAGUAUGUGGCUCCAUCAUACGUUGGAGACGCCCACGGUGUAAGAGUGAGACUAAUGGGGAAUCCGUCUGUUUGGUCUGGGGAAAUUCCACUGUCACAUGACCGAAGUAAAGAGUCAUUGCUUGUAAAAAUUCCGUUGAAAGUCAAAGGUGAGAGCAUCAUCUCGUGGUGUCGUGUACUGAGACAAAGAGUUGGAGCAGUGUGGAGGUUACUGGUGAUCUUCAGCCCCCAGUAUAUGGUCAGGUCACAUCUACCAAGACCUCUCAUUCUUCAUAUCAACACACCCAGUAGUCACAGUUGUCAGCAGGUUGUGGUGAAAGGUCGUGGACACACACACACCCUACAGUGUGACGGGUCUGUUGCCCACCAACUAACAUUCCAGUUAAACCCUGAGUAUGAGGUGUCUAGUCCCCCCAUCCCUCUCUCAAGAGGUCUGGCAGAUCAGAUGAGACUCUCUCAGUCUCAGGAGGCGGUGGAGAUAUGCCGGUACUUGCAGCAGCUCUUUGAUGGUCCUGAAGAUCACUGGCCAUAUGUGGACACUUCUGACUUUAUGGGGGAUAUUCUCUUUGCUGACCAGCCAAAGAUUGAUCUCCAGGUUGGGUUCUCUGGUCUGUACCCUUACUGCAGUACUCUGGUGGUUGAUAUCCGACCUUGGGCCCUAAUGGUGAAUCACACAGGGAUAGAAAUAUUGCUUCAAGAGGCUGACUCCUCCAGCAGUUGGUUUGUUCCUCCUGGGGCUGUAUUUGCUCCUCCUAAACUAGAUGGACUCUUCACAAUUGGCUUAAUGGAGAAUCACCAGCAUUUCCAUACCUCAUCAUUACAGCUGUCUAAGGAAGACCGCUGGUACAGUCUUAAGUUUGAAGGACGUAUCCCUCGGCAAGGUUCCACAAAUCUCCGCAUUCCCACACAAGAUAAAGUGUGUUUCAUUACUGUGCUUUCCAGGUAUGAGGAGAAUAUUCAGAUUUUGCAUCUUUUACCAACUUAUUCCAUAACUAAUAACACUCAAGAGGAGCUAACUGUGCGCUCUAUGUAUGUUUAUGCUGGGGACACCAAGAUACAGCUGCCGGUCUCACUACCUGCACUAGAGUUAUCCUCCAGAUCAGGAACUACAAAUAUCAACAUGAAGGAAGUACCACUCCUGCUGUGGCACAUUUUAAAAGAUCCAGGGACAUCAAGCUCAGAUGAAGAAUUCUGCUGUAUACAGAUAGGACAAAAUGGCUACCAAGCUCAUCCUGUUGUGGUAAAGGACACUCCACCCGAUCAAAGAAUGACGUUCACGCUACCCGACAGGGAUUCUGGACCUGUUCUUAAUAGAUCAUUCCUAGUUACCUCCCACAAGCACUUAAGCCAGACUAAGAUGGUCGUGCAAAUCGACCCUUCACCACAGAUGAUCAUACACAACAACACAAAUGCAUUGCUCAUAUUAGGUCAGAGUUCAACCAAGGAAGAAGGCAUAAUGGAGGAAGAGCUGGACAUGUUUGCUGCCAUGCCCUCCGUUCCACCUAGCAAAGCCGUCCACUAUACAUUCCCAUAUAUCUCGCACAGAUUUCCAGAGAUUACAACAAAUAGUGUCGCAUAUCCGCGUCUUCAUUUUUCUCAACCAGACAUUCUCAACAAUGCUGAGACUGAGGAGGUACUGUGGAGUCAGGGUGUAGACAUUCAACAGCACUAUGACCAGUUUGUGAGUAUCCCUGGCUAUGGUGAUGUGAAGGUACGGAUAGAGCGCGUUGCACACACCACCCACGUUUUCAUCGAUCCAGUCAGUCGAGUGGAGGUGUCUGCCAGGGACAUCAGGAGUCGCAUAGCAGCUGAACCAUCAAAGGGUCGAGUGGCCACAUCAACCAAUAAGGGAAGAGCAGUAAAGGAAAAAGAAGGUGUGGUAUUUGAAGUAGAACACACAGUUGGAGCCGAAGGUUCUGUGAGUGCCGACGACUCGCCUAUAAAAGAAACAAUUUCUGGAAAGAUAGAUUGUGAUGAGACUGUGUUGCCUCCACCAGUGGCUCCACCUAAGACAGAGGUCAAGUCUACCACUGUGGUUUACUGCACAUUCAUGUGUACUCGGGUUGUUUUAGUUCUGAAAGAUGAUGUGAGUGAUCAGGAAAAUAUUUCAGAGAUAUUGAGAGUUACUCUUGAUAAUUUUAUUGUAAGUUUAAGACCUAAAAUUGAUCUGUCAGAAAAGCUUCGGGCCCUUGAUUAUAGAGUGAAGGAGCGAGUUGAAGUUAUCCUUUUUGUUGGUGAUGCACAAAUUGAUAAUCAGCUCUUUGUAUCUGGUAAAUAUGACUUCCCUGUGAUAUUAAUAAGACAGGACCAUGAAUCAGCUCCUAAAUUUUCACCACUAGAUCCCAUAGAAAGAGCAAUACAAAUAUCUCACAACAAUGCACUUUUUACUCUCUCUGUAGUCUUGGAGCGAUCCACCACAAACUUGUGCAUACAUUCCGUCCACAUAAAGCAGAAGCCCAUUACUCUGUAUGCUGAAGAUGCAGUGUUUUAUUCGCUUAUGGAAAUUCUCCUGUCUUUCCUUCCGGUGUCAAAGCACAAAGCAACUAAUUUUGGAGGUGAAAUAGAGAGAAAUGAAGAAGAAGAGAGCAUGCCAGUAAUUAUGAGAAUGCCAAAUGCUGUGCUAUUGAAAUCAAGAGCCAUGACUCACCCCAUUCAGAUGUCUCACUGUACAAUUGAACCAAUCUCAGUGUUGCUUAGCGUCCACGCCUCGGUCAAACUGUACGUUGCCCUCGAUCAAUCUCCUCUCAACUUUGGUGGUUUUCAGCGAUCGGAAAUCAUGACAACUAGUUACACUCUCGGGCAUAAUCUGACAAUGCAUUACCUGUCGGGGGCACUCAUCCGAGCAGGAUGGGUUGUGGGAUCCCUUGAUUUGCUUGGAAAUCCUGGAGGAUUUGCCAGGACAGUUGGAUCAGGAGUAAGGGAUUUUGUGCAACUCCCAUAUGAAGGUAUUCUUCUAGGUCCUUGGGCCUUCAUCGCUGGAGUGACUCAUGGUUCAUUGUCAUUAGUGAAGCAUCUUACAGCAGGAACAGUAGUGUCCUUGACAAACUUGGCCAGUUCUGUUGCUCGUAAUAUGGAACGACUCUCGCUGGACGAAGACCACAUAGAACGUAGUGAAGCAGGACGACGCUUUCACGCAUCUGGUCUUGUGCACGGACUCGUACAGGGACUAUCAGCCUUUGGAAUUUCUCUGUUAGGUGCUGUUGGUGGGCUGGCACACCAACCCAUGCAGGCUAUGAUGAAUGAAGGCGCUAGUGCCAGCAGUGUGGUGGGGGGCGUCGGCAAGGGUCUGGUCGGUAUUGUCACCAAGCCUAUAGGUGGUGCUGCUGACCUCCUGGUUCACACUGGCCAAGGCUUAUUGCAGGGUGCAGGAUGGCACCGAGAACAGGUUCCUCGUUAUCAACCAUUGGUAGAACCUCACAACAAGGAGUUGAAUGCUCCUCUUAAACUGGUGUGGAAACUGGUGGCUGCAUUACCUCAGGAGUGCAGAGCCGUGCUGGCAGCUGUUGAUGCCACUCAUCUUACAACUGCAGGGUCUUACACACCUGUUACUGUCUUACUCACACCACAAGUGUUGUUUAUUCUGAGUGUUGAAGAAGAUGCCCAGCAACACGCCCUUCCUCUGGCGGAGGUCACCUGGCGGCCACACCCUGCUGACCCGACCCUCAUUUAUAUUGAAAAGGUCCAGCCAGAACCUAAGCCUCAGAACCCGGAUAUGGAGCCGGUGAGUGGGUGUCCGGAGCGAGUUGCCGACUACGUACGCAGCACCUGUAGCGAAGGUGUGGAGGCUGGUGGCCUGGACUCCACCCCAGGGUCAUCAGAGGAGGGGGAUCACAUGACCGGUCACCUCACCCGCAUCAAGCUCUAUGUUUCGCCCCGUUUAAGACCGGCGUUACUAUCUGCCAUCAACAUAGCAGCACGGGCCAGUCAGGGAAGAGGAUUCAUAGUAUGAUUGGUGAGGUAUAGUUAUGGUAUGGUGGUGAGGCUACAGUUAUAUAGUGGUGAGGUACAGUUAUCAUAUGGUAGGUCAGGUACAGUUAUAGUAUGGUUAACUCAACUCUCUUUCUUGUAAUCUCUUAACCAUCCACUCCAACCAUCCAUCUUAAAGUUCAAAUGUAUCUGUUGACUAGGUAGGCUGUGGCAUGAUAACCUUCAGCAAGACUUUUUUAUGCUAUUGUUCUUUAGUUAAUGUUGGAUAACCCAUAAUAUCCAUGAGUAUUAUCAUUGUCUUUAUCCACAACCUACAUUACAUACAGUACUUGUAUCUCUCAACAUGUUCUUCUCGGAGGGAUCUUUUGUACUGUAGUUUGCAAUAGGAAAUUACAUAUUAAAUAUAAAAAAAGAGCAUAGCCUAAGGCAGUAAGAUUCCAGAUGUACACUUUGUGAGAGCUGUGUUCCCUAUUUUUAUACAUUCAAAAUGAACCAGUUACAUGAAUUCUAACAAGUCACCAUGUACAAUAUUUUCAGAGGAAAGUCUUUAUAGGUGAUCUAACUUGGUAUAUGAAAGUGACUGAGGUUAACAUGGUUAUGUGUGUGUCUAUGUGAGUAUGGAUAAAGAAUUCUUCCAUUUUAUAUGCUGAUAAAAUUAACUCAAGAGAUGAUAUGUAGGGAUUUAUUUUGAGAAUAAGAUGAAAAAAUAACACAAGGUUAGAGACAAAAGACUUGGUCUUUACUUUGUGAGAGAUCUGAUGUUAGUAUGUGACAGACAGGAGCACAGAAAUUGAAGAAAUAUGCCAAUAGACUUUUAUUUAUUCUCAAACAUAAUCAUUUUCGCUAGUAUAAUUGUAACAUUACUCUUCUUGGCUUCAUAUUAAAAUUUAUAAAUCAUCUGCUUUUUGUGUAGUUUGAAAUUAUAAGUUAUAAAAUUGUUAAGGUUACUUGUUCACUGUCCUGGACUGUGCUAGUGUAGAGAAUCUCUUAGACUGUAGAUAGGUUUGGAUUUGUCUACAUCAGGUCCACUAUACUGUAUCUCUAACAAAGAUGAUUAAAUUACAGUAUAUAUUAUUUAUCUUAUCGUAAUGUGCUCCAAGGUGGUGUAACGAGGAUGUUCUAUGCAGGACUGUGAUAAUGUAUGUAUGGGGAAAAUUAGCUGUAAUUUUUUGUAGAUUUCAUUUUUUGAUAAUUGUCUCUGAAGGAAGAAGAAAUAUUACAAGGUGGAAAAUGGAUCAUUGUGAUGUUAUUGAUAGAAAUCUACGGGUUAAAAACAGCAACACUCAAGACUCAACAAUACUGGAUACUGAACCAUCAGAGAUACAGUAUACCAUGAUGCCAACACAAGAUAUCAUUACCAUUGAAUAUUAAUGUAGUUAUUGUCUCCAUAAUGAUUGUGAAAGACAUGUAUGUACAAGUAGUAUAUAUGAUGGCCAACACCUGUGUACACAAAGGUCCUGGUGCAACAGUUUCAUUCCACAAUUGUAGUGCUAAAACACACUUAUUAAAUUCUUACAGGAAGCAAAUAAUUAACCUAAAAAGUUGAGGUUAGUUUAGAGUCAUUUGCAAAAGUAAUCGUGAAAAUUAUAGGUUUUGGACAAUGAAUUCUUUGUCAACAUAUUAAUAUGAAUCUGUAUUGAGAUUUUUAAGAAAAAUAACUGAGCUAUACACCUGUCUUGUCUUUAACUAUUUUAUGUUGUUCAGAAUGUUAGUAUAGGUACAGUACAGGUAAUCCUUAACACGUUGAUUAAGGAUCUGGGGUAAAAAAGUUCAAUACUUAAUGAUUCUUGUAUAUUGUAAUUCAUUUUGUAACUGUAAACACUUUCUUUUUGUAAUUUUUCAAUGCUGAUUUUUAUUGUUUUUUUUUUUCUUUUUUCUGGAUAUAUUAAUUUCCAAUUCCAAGAGAAAAAGUUUCCAAUUAUGGGAGAAAAAACAUAAAAAAUAUAUAUAUACACCAAAGCUAACUUACCCCUAAACGUUUUGGCAAUUGUGAAAAUUUCCAUUUGCUUCAAAAUUUCAAUACUGUUUAGGUACUGUACUCCUUGACGUGCUGACACAUGAUCCAGGGUUAAGAUACUGUAAGUGUCUAAUGAACCUUAAUAUUAUUUUAUCUGUUUUUAUUUGCUGAUUUCAUGGUUCCUUUAAGUGUUGAAGCUGUGUUUAUACACCUGGACACAAGAACAGAGCUAAGAAAAUCUAAAUCUAAGACAGAAAGAAUUGUUUGACAUAAUAUAAUAGUUCUCCUCAACAUGCUGGUGAAGGAACUGUAGUGAGUACUUUAUAUUUCUGAUUAUUUGUGUAGUUGUGAAUCUUCCUCAUGAAGAUGGGAUGUCAUGUAUACUUGUGUAUGUGAUGUUUUAUUAUUGUGAGUAUCAAUGUGUGUACAGUACAGUACAGGUACAGGUACAGGUACAGGUACAGUACAGUACAUCAGCAUAGUGGAUUGAUUGUGUUGGCUAUUUACAGUAUUGUAUAGUAGUACUCAUAAACAGUAUACAUAUACAAUACAGUGUACAAUAUUUAUACAUUUAUACAUAAUUGUAAAUGAAAGAAUAAAACUAAAGGUCAUGCAUUCACAUAUGUAUCUGUACAUGGAAAUAUAUGAAUGAAUAAUUCUUUAUACUGGAGAAUGGUGUUUGUUUAUGUACAAUAGUAAUGGUGUUUAAGAAUGUUAAAAUUAAGUACUGUAACAUUUCUGUGUGCAUAUUGAUGAUUAUUAUGGAUACUACAUGAUUUCAUAAUGGUUAAAUUUUGUGUGCGUGCAUGUUUGUGUGUGUGUGUGUGUGUGUUUGUAUUCUUGUCUUUAUUUGUCCAUACAUUACAUUACAAUAUUCAUGCAUUAAUAUUUCAGCACACACAUAUAUGCCAUCACACACAGUGCUGUACAAGAUGAUUCACUCACUGUUACUGUAGAAAAGAGGAAAGGUGUUCCAUAAUAAGCCCCGGGAGACUGAAGCCAUCCAAGAGAACAAGUUACAGAGAACAUUCCCUAAUAUGGAAAUCAGUCCAUAAAUAACAGUUAUAUUAAUAAAACUCUAGGGUUACCAGCGAGUGAAUCACCCUGUAAGUACGUGUAAGAGUUACCUUGUAUGUGUCCUCAACUGUUUAAUUAUUACUACUUGUGCUUGUAAUACAUAUUUAUUGUGUUUCAUCAUAUAAUUAGGUUUGUGUGUCAUUGUAUUUAUGGGUGUGAGUAAAUGUAUAUAUUUGGUAAGUAACAGAUGCCUGAGGUGUCCAUAUAUAGAAUUUCACUUCAUAAAACUAAAGAACCAAGUAAAGAAAGUGUAUAUAUUAAUAAAUCAUAUAUUAUAAUAUU